AUGAACAGAUACACCGGCUUUUCGGAUUUAUGCAUCCCUAGUUCCGGUGACCUUAAGUCAAUCGUUCGCGAAGCAAUAGACUUAGGAUACCGCAAUGUCGCGAUCGAGCAAACGUGUGAUCUCUGCCGCCCGGAAGAUGUCAACAAAAAGCAGGAUCCCAUUCCUGUGCCCUAUUGUUUGAAGGAGUUGAAGGCUAAGUAUGGAGGCCAAAUUAAAUUGGUCAAUCGGCUUACCGUUGCCUUUUCCGAUGCAUCUGUUUCGCUGUUGUUGAACAAAUCGAACAAUCUACGGGCGUACAACCUUGUAGCCGCUUUGCCCACCAAUGAAUCAAGUUUUCAGUACGCCUGCCAGACAUUGCCGUGCGAUAUUAUUACCUAUAACAGUGGCACGAUACAGGUUAGAAUGAACCGAAAGUACUACUACUUGGCCGUGGAACGUAACAUUGUGUUCGAGAUUAAGUAUGCACCCGCCAUCGUGAGCUCAGCGGAUCGAAAAAGGACAAUAGAACGAUCGCACCGAUACCACGCGUAUGGUAAAUCGAAAAACGUAAUCAUUUCUAGCGGCGCGCAGGAUCAAUUUCAACUCCGCAGCCCAUACGAUAUUGCAAAUCUUGGCCUCAUUUUUGGACUGAGCGAGGAACAAUCCAAGGAAUCAGUACGAGGCGUCGCGAACCGGGUGCUGCUGUCAGCCGAGGGCCGAAGGUUCGGUAAGGCCGGAGUGGUGAUCACAGGCCGCGCCAAAAGGCCAACCAUUGUCGAUAGUGACGAUUAUUCCGACACCGAACUCGAAGAGAACAUCAGCGACAGCGAUGAAAGUGGAGAGGCAGAGAACGUGGCCGAUAUGGAUGUGACGAACGAGGAUAACGAGGAUGAUUUGGACGCGGUGCAACCGCCGAAAAAAAAGGGAAAACAAGAAAAAAUGGUUGAAUAA